AUGGAUAUAUUCAUGCGGGGAAUAGCAUACGCUGCUUCCUCAGAACAGAUCAAGCAAACCGUCGCCGAUAUCCUUCAUUCUGAACCAUACGCCCGCUACUCUGACGGAGGGAUUCGUCUGAAUUUCGAGGCUGCAAGGCAGUUCUUGCAGGUUCAUGGUGGGAGCACGCCGAUCAGCCCUGUCUCCAUCAGCGGUCGUCGGGUGACGUUUCAGGAGAGUAAUCGCCCGCCACGGCAGGAUAUCGUCGAGUAUUGUCGUAGGAUGCCAUACCAAGACCCGCUCAAAAAGGCGGAACAUGAUAGGUUGAUGGCCCAGCUAGCCGAGGUUGCGGAAAUUCGAUCCUUGCAGUUCGGAUGGGAAUGUAGGGACAGGGUUUUCUCCCUCGAAUGGGAGAAGGCAUAUGUCUCGUGCCGUCUAUCCUUCGAGGGCGAAUCUCGUCAAAUUCGUAUCGCAGGAUGCGACGAGAGCGAGAAUGAUUCUGAACCUCUAGGAGCAGGUCCACAAUCCCUUCAACAGCUCUUAGCGGAUGUUCUCGGACGGAUGGAUCUCAACCAUACACUCAUCGAUCGCCGAAGAAAACAAUACUACAUGAUCAGGUACGCUCAGAUCCAGGGCAUUUCUACCAGCGACAGCGACAAUGCCGCGUUCAUGAGCCUAUAUGUCCCUCCUUCCUUCGAAACCGACACCGAGGACAUGGCCAAACUUGUGGCCCAUAGGCAAUGGCUUCUAUCCCAGAACGGCCCGAAACCUCAAGGCUUCCGAAGGCGUGUUCCUCACUUCGGAGGAGAUCAUCAACGGGUUGCCCCGUUUGCCUCGUUGGCAGUUCGCAUCUUGUUCCGUUCCUUCGGCGACCAGGAGAAGUUCCGCCGCAUGGCAAACGCAGCCGGAUUGCGCGUAUCAAACUAUAGUAUUCCUAUCGAGCGGCGGAAUAUCUUUUCCGCUGAGGCCUUGGAUGCUCUUUACGCUUGGCUGAAAACUGUCCCAUGGAUGGUCGCCUUCCACCUGGAGGUUUUGCAUCGGAAGCUGUUACUAGAGCCGAGGGAGAUUCUGGAACUACGCCCCGAAGUUUCAAGACUCUUGAGAUACAAGGGCACACGGUAUACGAGCCAAGUCAUAAGACACUUUGCGGGAGUCUUCAAGCGUCUCGCGAAGAAGUUCAAUCCCGAAAACUUGUCUUGGAUCACGGAGACGACGAAUGGAAUAUUCGACUGUCUUCAUGUAGCGGUUACGCCAUCCUCCAUUAUCCCUCGAGAGCAAUACCCUGAUCGCUCGAAUCGAGUGAUCAGACGCUAUCCGAAUCACCAACAACACUUCGUCCGGGUGCAAUUCUGCGACGAGGACUACCUCCAGUAUCGCUUCGACCGGGACCUUGAUGGGGAUGGCUUUGUCAGGGACAGGGUAGGGGGAGUCAUGCGAACGGGUAUCCGAAUCGGAGGGAGGGCAUUCGAGUUCUUGGCUUAUUCACAGUCGGCUCUGAAGGAUCACGCGGUCUGGUUUGUGCGACCUUUCAAUCUUGACGGUCACCGCGUCGAUGCAGAAGCAAUUCGCCAGAGCCUAGGAACGUUUACUAAAGUGAUACGGUUCCCCAGCCUCUACGGGGCUCGGAUGUCUCAAGCGUUCACCGCUACCGACCCAUCUAUAACGGUCACUCCGAACGAGAUCAAACGCAUACCCGACAUUGAGAUUGUCGACAGCACAGGACAGAAACGCCAGUUCACCGAUGGUAGCCUGCCCUCGACUCUCUCGUACGCGGAUCCUAUUGACUAUUUUCGUUUGGCAGGAGUCGGAACAAUAUCACUUGCACUGGCCAAAGACAUAGCGAGCGCUCUUCUGGCUGUUCGCAAGCGUAAGCGCGGGAAAUAUUUCAAGCCUAGGGCCUUCCAGAUACGCUUCGCGGGGUCGAAAGGUAUGGUGAGCGUGGACAUCAACGAGGAAGGGCGUGUCCUGUGUUUGAGGCCGUCCAUGAUCAAAUUCGAGUCCCCGGACUCUCUGGACAUCGAAAUCGCGAAAACCUUCGACAGGCCGGGGAAGUUUUUAUUGAACAGGCCGCUCAUCAUGAUCUUGGAAGGGCUUGGCGCCCCAGCAGCUGCUUUCGAGGCGUUGCAGGAUGCGGCUGUUGAAGAAGCUGAGGCAGCCCGCGAGUCUCUGCAGAAGUCGGCGCGGAUGCUCGAAGUACAUGGUCUCGGCGGUGCCUACCGUUUACCAUCGGUAGCUGACGUCCCCCAUCGCUUAGGUCUUCCAAGGUCUUCAGAAGCUCGGGGAACGACACAGUGCAUUGACGAUGAAUUCAUGGAUCGGAUGGUCGCAUUCGCGGUGAAUCAUGUCCUUCGCGAGCUUAAACAUCAUGCCAGGAUACCGGUCCCUGAUAGCUGGACGCUCGUGGGGAUCGCUGAUAUUCACGGCGUGCUAGAGGAAGGUGAGGUAUUCGCCUGUGUACAGCCGCCGCAAGGCGGUCAACGCGUAUACCUUGAAGGCAAUGUGAUGGUGACAAGGUCCCCUGUCGCUCACCCCGGCGACGUCCAAAUGGCCCGAGCAAUUGGACGGCCACCGCCAGGUAGUGCGUACGAUACGGAGCCAAUACCCAACACCGUCAUAUUCUCAGUGAAGGGAUCGCGACCGCUUCCCAGCGCUUUGGGAGGCGGAGACCUCGAUGGAGAUGUGUUCAACGUUUCGCAGUUCGCCGAUAUCUUUCCGCGUCACCUCCACCCACCGGCUAGCUAUGAAGCUGCUGUUCGGAAGGAACUCGACAGAGACAGCACUAUAGAGGACGUGAUGGAUUUCGUCGUCGAUUUCAUCAACAAUGAUCGUCUAGGAGUCAUCGCUAUCAACUGGCUCAUUAUCGCAGACCAAAGCCCGGAAGGAGUGUUCUGCACAGAGUGCAUCAAACUCUCACAGCUUCACUCUGACGCGGUAGACUUUCAAAAGAGUGGCAGGUCAGUACCCUUGGGUGAUGUUCCUCGACUGCUCAUGCGAGCUCGGCCCGACUGGAACGCGCCCGAGACUAUCAACCCUGAAGACGGCGCCUACUACGAGAGUACGAAGGCCAUCGGCAAACUCUUCCGAAGGAUCGACCUCCCGGGUCCGCAAGAGGCAAAGGAACAAGCUCGCGCGCAACGACGUCAGAUGAAACGCCGUCGUCACGGACUGACAGAGGACGACAUCGAGGAUGACCUCGCCCUGACCGCAGAGCACGCGAUGUGGGACGAUCCGAUCACAAUCGCGCUGCAGGCCCGCCUUCGCGAGUUCUUGGACCUCGACGAAUCCGACGACCCGACGAUGGUGGAGAGCGUCGGCGAGCUUUUCGACAAGUAUUGCAGCGAGUUGCUCUACCUCUGCGACACGCAUACUAUUUCCCAAAGCCGGCGCGGCAUGCCGCUGACCGAGGAAGAGGUGGUCGUCGGCACGAUCGUUGCGAAGACGUCCCAACCACGCAAGCGCCGCGAGGUCAUGGCGAAGAUGCGGGAGCAGUCCGCCCUCGUGGUCAACAGCGUCAGGUCGGACUUGGCCGGCGAGGACGCGGACCCCUACGAGAAAUGGCUGAAGAAGGCGUGGCUGGCAUGGCGGGUCGCGGCCGCUGAGACCACCAAGAACACGUUUGGUGCAAAGAGCUUUGGGCUCAUUGCUAUAGGCUCGAUCAUUGAUGGCAUACGCUCGACCGAGGACUCGCUCUGGAACGAUGGAAGGUACUCAUGA